AUGCUUGCUCGCGGUGUAAGAAAUGUUAUUUAUAAUUAUACCGAUGCUCAACGCAAAGUUCGAUCGGCAACAUCGAAUGAUGCAUGGGGUCCAUCACCAGCACUUAUGCAUGAAAUAGCUGAUCUAACUGAUAAUGUUGUUGCUUAUGCUGAGAUUAUGCCAAUUAUAUGGAAACGUUUAAAUGAUCA